AUGUACUCCUUACUGUCGCUGUCGCUUCUUCUGACUGGCGCUGUGGCUGGCCCGUUGAGCAAGCGGGAUUCGAUUACAGCCGUAGUAGACCUUGGGACAUCCAAAGGAACUCCCCAACAUCUUGCUUCAGGCUUCAUCUAUGGGAUUCCAGACAAGGAGAAUCAAGUCCCAGAUCACUGGUAUACGGAUAUCGACUUCCAGUACGGUCGAGCUGGUGGAGCCCAGCUGGAUGCUCCAAACAGAGGUUGGAUUUGGGGACCGACAGAGUACAACGGACGUCUCCAGUCCACACUGUCCAACUAUCGGACAUCCCGCAAGUACGGCGCGAGCUUCAUCAUCUUGCCGCACGAUAUCUGGGGCACCGAUCAUGUGAAUUCUUCGACUGUUUGGCCUGGAGACAAUGGGAACUGGGCAGACUAUGAUGCUUUUGUGAAAAAGCUACUGAACGACUUGGCUGCCAACAAUGCCCUAGACGGUCUUGUCUAUGAUGUAUGGAAUGAGCCCGACAUAAGCAUCUUCUGGGAAAGAAGUUUGCAGCAGUGGGUCGACCUGUAUAUCAGAACGCACAAGAUCAUUCGUGCGGACUCGCGUUUUAACAAGGUCAAGAUCAGCGGACCUAGUCUAGCAUUUCGCCCAAUGGCUAGCAAUGCGUGGUGGACAACCUGGCUUAAACAAAUUGCUGGAAACAAUACAGCCCCUGACCAAUACUCCUAUCACUUGGAAGGAACAUUGAGCGAGGCGGACAAUGACCCUCAAUACACCAACGCAUCUCUGAGUGCCCUUCAAAAGCAGUAUGGCCUACCUAGCCGUGAGGUCAACAUCAAUGAGUAUGCAGAAUAUUCGGAAAUGAUGCCAGCAGGCUAUGCCUGGUGGAUCAGCCGCCUCGAGCGGUAUAAUUUCUGGGGCCUUCUGGGCAACUGGCAGGGAGGAACCGUCUUGCACGACUUAUUUGCAAACUUGCUUACGAAGAAGUCGGAUCCCACCGUUUACACAGCUACGGACUACGCAGCUGCUCCCGGGUACUGGGUUUAUCGCUACUAUGCCCAGAACAUGACUGGCCACCGGGUCGCUACGACCGGCUCCACGGACACAUGGUUCGAUGUCUAUGCGACAGUGGGCGACAGAGUCCGCAUCCUUUCCGGAAGCAAAGUAAAAAUUGGAACGUGGGCCAUCCAAGUCAACAAUCUCGAGGCGAUCGGUCUGCCCUCGUCUGGAUCCGUAUCGAUCGACACCUGGGGCUUCAUUGGGGAUGAUCCGUUUGACCCAUUCAAGGUCACAGGUCCGCCGACCUUCAGGAACACGGUCUCGCACACAUACAGUGGCAACACGCUCACAUUCCCUAUUUACCAGACAGAUAACCACACUGCCUGGGCUUUUGAAUUCGAUGUCGCCAAUUAA